AACAUUAAUCAGGUAUUAGCACACUGCGAAAGUGCGAAGGGAAAGCUAAUCAGAUCAUUAUCCCCAGAAAACAACUAGAAAACCUCGGAAUCAAUCGGAGCUUUAUGUCCCUUCUCUUCAAUACGUUCAUUUUUCUCUAUUCAUAUAAAGCCACCACCUUUCCUUCUCAUUUGCGGUUUGCCUGCCUCUCUGUUCAAUAUCUAUAUCUUUGAACAAAAAAAAGGCGAGAUAUGUCGAGCAACGACGAGUCUAUGGAGGAGACAAAUGGGGAUUCGUUUGACAAGGUGAAGAGGAGAUUCAAGGAUCCAUCGAAGAAAGUGGCGCAAACAAAGGAGAUUUUAUCCAAACAAGCGGUUCAUACGAAAGAGAUUCUAUCGAAACAUGCGGUUAAGAUUGCCAAACAGGCUGAGGAACAUGAGAGAUUUAUUAACAAGGUGACUCAUCUUAUGGGUGUUCUUGGGUUUGGAGGAUUUUGCUUUCUGUUGGGAGCAAGACCCCAAGAUAUUCCUUAUGUAUACUGUUUGUUCUAUGUUAUAUUUGUUCCUCUUCGAUGGAUAUACUAUCGGUUCAAGAAGUGGCACUACUAUCUUCUGGAUUUCUGCUACUAUGCAAAUACAAUCUUCGUGGUUCACCUUCUACUAUAUCCAAAGAAUGAAAAACUUUUCAUGGUUUGCUUUUCAUUCGCUGAGGGACCGUUAGCUUGGGCACUCAUUAUUUGGCGUUGUAGCUUGGUUUUUAAUUCACUCGACAAGCUUGUUAGUGUCCUUAUCCACCUUUUACCUGGACUAGUUUUUUUCACCGUACGAUGGUGGAAUCCCGAGACUUUUGCAGCCAUGCACCCUGAAGGAACUUCUCACCGCGUUUCAUGGCCAUACGUGGAAGAUAAAUCCUACCUGUUCACAUGGCUUUUUCUGGUUCCUUUAGUUGCUUACACGCUGUGGCAGGCUCUAUAUUUUCUCAUUGUCAAUGUCCUGCGUCGACAGAGACUGUUGAGGGAUCCUGAAGUAAUGACUUCUUACAGGGAGCUCUCCAAGAAAGCGCAGAAAGCAAACAAUCUGUGGUGGCGCUUAAGCGGUUUACUUGGGGAUCAGAAUCGCAUGUUAAUGUACAUUCUGCUGCAAGCUGUCUUUACGGUGGCAACCAUGGCACUCACAGUACCUAUCUUCUUAUCAUAUGAACUGCAUUUGAUUUUCCAAUUUCUCAAGAUCUCUGCUGCCGUGUGGAAUGGUGGAAGCUUUCUGUUGGAGGUGAUGCCAAAGCAGGUGAUUCUUAAGGAGAAGAAGAAAUCAGAAAUGCAGCCAGCACAAGAUCAGCAAGAUGAAUCCUCUACUGGGAUGGAGAAUACAAUCAAGACCAGCAGUUCUGCAGAAGUCUCUGUUUCUUAACAGCUGUUUUGUUAGCUCCUAGAACUCUCUUAGUUUCUCAAAGAAGCUCUGCUGCUCAAUUGUAAUGGUUUCCCUUUAGAAAGUAUCAAGAAAAGUUGUUUUGUUUAGAUUGGUCAUAACUUAUAGUUGAAUCAGGGAGAGUCACUUUAUCUUCUUGCUGUAAAUUAACUUUUGAAACUGGAACUUGUAUGUUUACUUCUUGCAGUAUAAAAUAAAGAUGGCCUGUUAGAUCGCA